AGUUUCCGCUUCUCCUCCCAUUAGCAGCACCUGUGUGACCGCAGCUGCUGCUGCUUCUCCUCCAGCCGAACCUCCUGAUGGGCUGCAUACUUUCGGUUCUGUUCGGUUCGGAUUUUCUCCUCUCUGCGGGUCCAUAAGCGGCUGCCGUUCAUGCACAUCUCGCUGCAGAGAGACGCUGCGGAACUGGAUCGGGAGGCUCCAGUGUGCGGAGCAGGUACGGACAUGCUCACCUCGGACCCGUGGUUCUGGUUCGGGUCCUGGUUCUGGUUUGGAGAACCGGAUUCUUAUAAGAGCUAAAACUAAAAAAAAAAGAGCUGCAGGAAAAUCUUUAGAUCCGAGCGGAGAAGAGUGGGUUGGACCUGCGGAGGUGAGUCUGCUGCUUUCUGCCUCCAAACUAACAGAAAGUGACUCCAUCACAGGAGGUUUUGUUUGGUUCCUCUCCUGCCCCUCAGCAUCUCUCACCUCUCCAAAGAUUGUUUGCGUAAAACUCCGCUCCUUGGAGGACCUGGAGGCUCCAUUUGCUCGCCGUCGGAUGUCCGCUUGUUGCCCCGCAGCCCCCUGAACCUCCAGCCGAACCUUCCGCAGAGCUCCGGGCCAGCAUGGCUGCAGGAGUCGCCGCAUGGAUGCCGGUCGCCCGCGCCGCGGCCAUCGGCUGGAUGCCGGUGGCCAGCGCGCCCAUGCCGGUGCCCCCGCAGGAGAAGCGGCGCGGCAGGGACGGACUGAUCGUGCUGAACGUGAGCGGAACCAGGUUCCAGACCUGGCGGGACACCCUGGAGCGGUACCCGGACACCCUGCUCGGCAGCUCGGAGCGGGACUUCUUCUUCCACGAGGAGAGCAACGAGUACUUCUUCGACCGCGACCAGGACAUCUUCAGGCACAUCCUGAACUUUUACCGAACCGGGAAGCUGCACUACCCGCGCCAGGAGUGCAUCUCCGCCUACGAAGAGGAGCUGGCCUUCUUUGGCAUCAUCCCGGAGAUCAUCGGGGACUGCUGCUAUGAGGAGUACAAGGACCGGCGGCGGGAGAACCAAGAGCGCAUCCAGGACGACGAGGAGAACGAUCAGACCAACGACCUGAUGCCCGCGGACGCCAGCUUCCGUGAGACCAUGUGGCGCGCCUUCGAGAACCCGCACACCUCCACCAUGGCGCUGGUCUUCUACUAUGUGACGGGCUUCUUCAUCGCCGUGUCGGUCAUGGCCAACGUGGUGGAGACGGUGCCGUGCGGCGCCGCGCCGAACCGCGUCAAGGUGAUGUCCUGCGGGGAGCGCUACGCGCUGGCCUUCUUCUGCCUGGACACAGCGUGCGUCAUGAUCUUCACGGUGGAGUACCUGCUGCGCCUGCUGGCCGCGCCAAGCCGCUACAAGUUCGUCAAGAGCGUGAUGAGCGUCAUCGAUGUGGUGGCCAUCAUGCCCUACUACAUCGGCCUGGUCAUGACGGACAAUGAGGACGUUAGUGGCGCCUUCGUCACCCUGCGGGUCUUCAGGGUGUUCCGAAUCUUCAAGUUCUCGCGGCAUUCUGCGGGACUUCGCAUCUUGGGCUACACGCUGAAGAGCUGCGCGUCAGAGCUGGGCUUCCUGCUCUUCUCUCUCACCAUGGCCAUCAUCAUCUUUGCCACAGUCAUGUUCUAUGCUGAGAAGGGCUCAGGCAGCAAGUUCACCAGCAUCCCAGCAGCCUUCUGGUACACCAUCGUUACCAUGACAACGCUUGGGUACGGUGACAUGGUACCAAAGACCAUCAUGGGGAAGAUCUUUGGGUCCAUCUGCUCCCUCAGCGGCGUGUUGGUCAUCGCCCUGCCGGUUCCGGUCAUCGUCUCCAACUUCAGCCGGAUCUACCAUCAGAGCCAGAGGGCUGAGAAGAGGAAAGCACAGAAGGCGUCCAAGGAGGCUGGACAGGCGCUGGUGUGUAAGAUCAACCCGGGCUUUGACCUGCAGCAUCACCACCUGCUCAACUGUCUGGAGAAAACGACGAACCACGAGUUUGUUGAUGAGAAGUCAUACGAGUCCAGCUGCAGGGAGUUAAGUCCAGUAAAGCAGCUGUCUCGGUCCUCCUCCACCUCCUCCUCUUCCUCGCUUCAUGGCUUCUCCUGCUGUGGCCGCAGGAGGAGGAAGACCUUCAACGUCCCGAACUCCAACAUGUCUCUGGGUCUGCAGGGCAGCAUCCAGGAGCUGAGCACCAUCCAGAUCAGGGAGCGACCGUUCAGCAACAGUCGAUCCAGUCUGAACGCCAAGUUCCAGGAGACGCUCCCUCUGAACUGCGAGCAGCCAUACCUCUCCCCGGCUGUCCUCAGCAUUCCUACACCCGGCACCUCGCCGGACGGAGACCAGUCCACCAGUUCCACCGACUACUCCCAGACCAACAUCGUCCGGGUUUCUGCUCUCUAGAUCCCCUCUGGCCUCCCUUCCCCCCGACCUGCUGCUCUCGUUGCCGAGGCCGGGCUCCGACUGUGAGGGCGGGGCUGACCGUGGAAGAAGGAGCAUCUCCAUCACUGACUGGAGCUGGAACAGUAUUCCUUUCCUUUGUUUUCCUUUCCUUUAUUCCCUGAUCAAACAGGCAGCUUGGUUCUCUCUGUGUUCAGGAGAAAUGACUUUAUUUAUCUGAAGAAGAGCUUUUAUUGACUGAAUAGAUUCAGAGUGAACAUUAGAUGAGCCGGGUUCUUCAGCACAAAUACUGGAAUCAGAAACAAUCCAGUUAGAAAUAUACCAACCAGAACUUCCACCUGGACUGACUCCAUAAUCAUACCGAUGGUUUGGACCUGAAAAACCGGACAAUACGUGAACAUCCGCCUCGCCUUGUUGACCACUGAAAACGCAUGAACACAUUCACCUGCUCUGGUGUCAUUUACGACUCUUAAACCCUGCAGCUGCUUUUCUUUUUCAAUAUUAUCCUACAUCUAAACCGACAUAGUGCAGGUGAGGCUGUUAAAAUCAGACCUAAAGCUUCAUGCAUCACCAGAAAACAAUAGAUCCCUGCAGCCAAAUAUCACUCAGGUGCCACUUUGCUCAGUGUCUGGAGGUUUUUCUUCUGGGUCAACAGCCAAAUAAACGCUCUGCUCUUCCUUUCCUGACCACAUCCUGCAGGAAUCAGGUUAUCAGGGGGGUCCAAGCCAGGAAAUGCUCCCACCAAAGCAAUGCAGUGACGGCUGCAUAUGUCCUAUGGGACUGUACUUACUACUGCUGGUUUUCAACCCUCCAUCACAGUGUUUGGGCCAUUCUAAGGCAAUGUCAAAAUAUGGUUAAAAGUUAAAAAGGUUUGUUUAGUUUGGGAAUUUUUAGUUUUAAAAUGAUUCCGGCUUUAAUUAGAAAGAAACAUUCCUUAUUUGCAGGAGAAAUAAAAA